CAGAGUAGAUUAAUUGGUCAAACUGCACCGAGGCGGACAGUAAGAAGUUACUGAAAUCGAUUGGAAUCAGCGCGUCUGGCAAGUUUGUUUGAAGCUACAUUCAAUAGUUAUAUUGUAGUAUAGACAGCUUAUAUAAUGCAGAGAGUAAACAAGCUUAACCCCAAAGUUGAGGCUCUCAAAAGAGCUUCGAGUCCUUGCAGAAAAAUUUCUGAUCCAGACAAAAGGAAAACAUCAAGAGUUCAUCUUGGACGAGUACAACAUAUGCCGAACUGCUUAGUAGCAGACGAGCCCAAUCCAGACUGUCCUAUCACCACCUAUGAGUUCCUCUCAGCUGCAGCAGCGGGAGCAAUGAAAACUGCUACGAAAUAUCUCGAUGAUGGCGGAAGCAUAUUUGCUACGGAUGAGUGUGGAAGAACCGCACUGGACAGAAGUGCGCUCUACUCUCAACCAGAAAUGACGGAAUUUCUACUCAAACGUGGAGCUAAACCAAAUGUUGCUGACAAGCUGGGUGGAACUUCUUUACAUUGGGGUUGUCGAUCCGGAAAUGUUGAUAUCGUUACCAUCUUACUGAAUCAUGGAGCGAAAGUAAAUCAGAAGGACAAUCUACUCAACACUCCACUGCACGUGGCAACUAGAGUCGGGUUCGAGGAAGGAGUCCAUCAUCUUCUAGAAUGUGGAGCCAAAAUUAACGAGCAGGACACUGAAGGAGAUACAGCUGUUCAUGAUGCAGUCAGGAUGGGACGACAUGCUAUCGUCAAGGAUUUGAUCAUUCAUGGUGCAGAUCUGGAGAUUAAAAAUAAGACUGGAAAAACUGCUAAAGACAUGGUCCAAACUUGGUACAAAGAAACAAGAAUGGCCCUGGAAAAGAUGAAAGCGGAAGAAAAACAAAACUCCCAAACGAACGAAUUGCCAUCUACGGAAUAGGAUAAAACAUUUUUGGAAAAUACUUAAAUUGUCCGUUCAACUGUAAAACAUUUCACAGCCCGACAGAUUCAUAGAAAAGUAUUCUUUGAAAUGAUUGUUGUAUGUGAAUGAAUUACCGGUUGAAGAAUACCAGUAUUGGAAACUAAAAAUUAGUACGGUCGCUGAAGAUAUUGUUUAUCGCCAAUUUAUUCAUAAUACAUUUUCCCACUAAGUUUUUUUGUAAAAAUGUUGUUUUCUCAUUCCCGAAGACAAACAGGUUUUCUGUAUAUCGUUAAGGGCGGUUUGCUGGUAGCUGGAUUUAUUAUAUUUAUAUCAGUUUAGUACAAUGACAAAUUUGAUAGCAAUUAAUUUUUUGAAUGCAUACAUUGGGCAAUAUUAUAAAAUGUUUACACUAAGACCUUCCUUUUCUCUUUCGGAUUUUGAUAUUUAUAUUGGAUAUAUUAUAGCCCAUGAGUAGAUAGAUUUAAUUAAAUGUCAUACCACCUCAUCCAUGCUCAACUAUAAUAGAUGCAUGAAUUUUUAUACUAUAUGUAUUUGCCUGCUUCCGUGUGGUUCAGAAUCAGAUUUCAAUGGAGUUUGGAAAAAUGACAUAUGUUAUUGCUUGGGUGACAUCCAAUCGACGUUUAGUUACCAGUUAAUCUUCAGUUUCUGUUAUUUAACUUAUAAUGUGAAUAUUUCAUCAGAAAAAUUAUGAAUUGAAUUGUGCGAGAAUGGAAUAUCAAACUUGAAUCGACAAGUUUCGAUUCUUAACCGAGGGUGUAUUCUUCUUUUUAUUAAGACUGGAAUAGUUUAAUUGUAAAUUGAAAACAAUAGUGUGUUGAACUGAUUUCAUUUAAAGAUAAAUUUCGAACUGAAUGUAUGUUCUAUAUUUCACUUACAAUAAAUAAAUGAUAUUUUAAAA